AUGCAUCUGGCCAUCCUUGCCCUUGUCACUCUACUCGCCCUUGUCCAGGCCGUCUUGUCGGCGGAGAUCUAUCUCCCAAGCGGCGAGUACCGAUUCUACUAUGGCCACUUCCAGGCCCCUCAGACCCACCGCUUCGCCACGGCCGAGCCCGAUGCUCGCACAGGCAGUGUCCGCACUUUCCCCCUGAACAAAGAUUCCAAGUUCCAGAUCUGGAAGGUGAAGCACUGCGGCAACAACGUGGUCACAAUCGAGUCCAAGGGUGCUCGAGGCAAGUACCUCUCUCCUGGCCGCUCGGGUGCUCUUCCUGGUGCCUAUGUCGGUGUCACCACCACCAAACAGCGGUUCAAGGUCACCCGUGUUGCGGGUGGUCCCUUCACCAGCUACGAGCUCGCCUACCCCAAGAAGGUCUUCAACAGGACCCUGGUUGUCGGCUACGACUACACGGGCAAGGAGGAGCCCUACUAUCUCAACUUUGUCCACCGCAGAACCGAAGACCAUUUGUGGGGAUGGAAGUUUUCUCGUGUCAAGUAA